GAGCCGGCGGGAGCCCGCGGCUGAGGAGUGCGGUGUCGCCGGUGGCUCCCGCACAACCCCGGUGGAACCUCUCUUCAGGUCCCCGGCCCCGCCGGGUGUCCGAUCCAGUUGGUCCCGGGCCGGCUGCGACCCCUCGGCCCCUCCUCUCCCCCGGCGACCCGGGAGCUCUGGCUCCCGCGGUGUGUACAGAAGGUCCCGGGGGCCAGAGGCGGCGGGGCUGGGGGCAGCUGUCCCGGCCAUGGCAGCUCGGGAUACGUGGCAGCGGGGGCAGCGAUGCGGGUGGCCCUUGGCACGGGCGAAGCUGCCCAUCCUGCGCUGGCUCCCGCACUAUUCCCUGGCCUGGCUGCAGUCGGACCUGAUGGCCGGCCUGACCGUGGGGCUCACCGUCGUGCCGCAGGCGCUGGCCUACGCCGAGGUCGCCGGGCUGCCUCUGCAGUAUGGCCUCUAUUCUUCCUUCAUGGGCUGCUUUGUCUACUGCUUCCUGGGCACUGCCAAGGACGUGACGCUGGGUCCCACGGCCAUCAUGUCGCUGCUUGUGUCUUCUUAUGCCUUCCACCAGCCUGUCUAUGCCAUCCUGCUCACCUUCCUCUCCGGCAGUAUUCAGCUGGCCAUGGGGCUCCUGCACCUCGGUUUCCUUCUAGACUUCAUCUCCUGCCCUGUCAUUAAAGGGUUUACAUCAGCUGCUUCCAUCACCAUUAGCUUCAACCAAGUCAAGAACAUCCUGGGGCUGCAGGGGAUCCCUCGGCAGUUUUUCCUGCAGGUGUAUGAGACGCUGCGGAGGAUUGGGGAGACCAGGGCUGGGGACACUGUCUUGGGGCUGGCCUGCCUGGCUGCACUGGCAGGGCUCCGGGUGAUGAAGAGCCACCUGCCCCGUGCUGCCUGUGUGGAGCCACUGGCUGCCAGGGUCAGUCACCUGAUCGUCUGGACCUCUGCUACAGCACGCAAUGCCCUUGUGGUCCUGUUUGCUGGCCUGGUUGCUUACUCCUUCCAGGUGAUGGGCUCCCAGCCGCUCACACUCACCGGCAGCAUCCCCCAGGGCCUCCCUCCCUUCCAGCUGCCACAUUUCUCCAUGGCUACACCCAAUGGCACCAUCCCCUUCCAGACCAUGGUGGAGGACAUGGGGGUCGGGCUGGCUGUGGUCCCACUCAUGGGCUUGCUGGAGACUGUUGCGAUUGCCAAGGCUUUUGCCUCGCAGAACGAUUACAGGAUUGACCCUAACCAGGAGCUGCUGGCUAUGGGCUUUGCCAACAUCCUGGGAUCCUUCGUCUCAUCAUAUCCCAUCACGGGCAGCUUUGGCCGGACAGCUGUGAAUGCACAGUCAGGGGUCUGCACCCCUGCAGGAGGGCUCAUCACAGGCACCCUGGUCCUGCUGUCACUGGCAUACCUCACCUCACUCUUCUACUACAUCCCCAAAGCAGCGCUGGCUGCUGUCAUCAUCUCAGCCAUGGUCCCCAUGUUUGAUGCUGGCAUCUUCAGGAGGCUCUGGCGGGUUAAGAGGCUGGACCUUGUACCCCUGUGUGUGACAUUCCUGCUCUGCUUCUGGGAAGUCCAGUAUGGCAUUGUGGCUGGGGUACUGGUCUCAGGGAUUCUCCUGCUCUACUCCAUUGCUAGGCCCGCAGUAAAGGUGUCAGAGGGAGAUGUGCUCCUUGUGCAGCCAGGGAGCAGCCUGCACUUCCCAGCCAUCGAGUGCCUUCGGGACACUGUGUGCAGCUAUGCUCUGACAGCAGCAUCUCCACCACGCUCCAUCAUCCUGGACUGUUGCCACAUCAGCAGCAUUGAUUACACAGUGGUGGUGGGGCUGAGAGAGCUGCUGCAGGAGCUGCACAAGCAUGGCCUCUCCCUGGCCUUCUGCAGCCUGCAGGAACCUGUUCUCCAAGUCCUCCUGUCUGCAGAUUUAGAAGGAUUCCAGCAUUUCUCCAGCAGGGAGGAGGCAGAGCUGUGCAGAGGAGCAGAAGCAGGGGCCAGGGGGGAAGCUCCUUCCACCAGCAGCAGUGAGAGUUUGCUGCUGCCUGAAGGCCUCACCCAGUGAGCUGAACAACUGCCAGGGACUUCCUCAGGGCCAGAGUCACCUUGCCAUCUCCUCACCUCCCACCGUGACUACGGCAGGGCUGUACCUGCUAUGCAGAGAAGUGGCAGUGACACCGUGGUGACAUCUGACCAAUGCUCUCCAUGGAUGCCACCUCCCCCUGCUCUGCCUCCCGGGCAGAUGGAUGGGAUGCUGUCAGGGGACUGCCCUCAUGUCUCACACAGGGGAAGGCAGAGCAGUACCAGCCCAGCCCCACCUGAGCUGUGCAGGUGACAUGAGGGGAGGGAGUGCUGGAGCAGUACCAGGGAUCCAGCUGGUACUGUCUCCUCAGCCCCACUGGAGCUCCAGCACCUCUGCAGGGCAAGGAUAAGCAGUCCAUGAAUGGAAUUAGUGGGGAAACACUGUUCCUAUCACGGUCAUUGGCAAAAAGCCAUUCCUCCUCCAGGCCUUCCUCAUCCUUGAAGCUGCUGUCUUUUUUAAAUGAGCUGUUUUAAUUCUGGAGACUAUUCUGGCGCAUACAGAACCAUGACACAGAGCACAUAUUCUUGUCUAAGUGAGUUUCAAAGAUGCUGGCACUGACCUCCAAGCCCAAGGGCAUACUGCAGCUCAAAACCUCAGGCUGCAAGGUAGGGACAAGCUGAGAGAGUUGGAGGUGUUCAGACUGGAGAAGCAAAGGCUCCAGGGAGACCUUAUUGUGGCCUUUCAGUACUUAAAGGGGCCGGUAGGAAAGAUGGGGAAUGCUUUUAGCAGGGCCUUGUUGUGACAGGACAAGGGGUAAUGGGUUUAGAUUAAAAGAGGGAGAUUCACACUUAGAUUACAAGAAAGAAAUUGUUCGCUGAGAGUCAUGAAACACUGGCCCAGGUUGCCCAGAUAGAAGCCCCAUUCCUGGAGCAAUUCCAGGUCAAGUUGUGUGGGGCUCUGAGCAACCUGAUCGAGUUGCAGAUGCCCCUGCACACUGCAAGCAGGUUGAACUGAAUGACUUAAAAUAUUUGUCACUUCCAACCCAGAACAUCCCACGAUUCUGUGAUUUUAGGAAGAACAGCAGCGAUUUUGCUCCUUACUGGUCCCUUUUGGUUUGUGAGGUGUUCUGCUAAAUGCUGCCAUUGGGCAGGGCUGGGCUGUCCUGCCCUCGCCUGACUCCUGCCUGGGCACCCAACAGGACAGGUACCAUGAGACCAGUUUUGAGACAGUCACAGAAUGGUGGGGGUUGGAAGGGACCUCCAGAGAUCAUCAAGUCCACCUCCUCUGCCAGAGCAAGAUCACUUAGGGCAGGUCACAUAGGAAUGCAUCCACACAGGUCUUGAAGAUCUCCAGAGGAGACUUCACAACCUUUCUGGACAGCCUGUCUCCCUUACAGUAAAGCUUGCCUUGCUGUGAGAUGGGUGCGAGGAGCAGCAGUGCUGCCAGGCAGUGGGUCUGGAGGGGAUGGGAUUCAAGGGAAGGCAGUUUUCCUGAGCUGUCCUUGGCUGACAUUCCCAUAAGAAGGAUAAAAUAAAGCGGGAAUUGUAAAUGA